AUGCCCGAACAGCUGACUCUGUACCUUAACAAGGUCUCGCCUUAUAGCCAGAAGAUCGAGCUGGCUCUUCUCGAAGCCAAUGCGCCCUACAAGGGCUACCAAGUUGAUCUCUUUAACAAACCAGAGUGGUUCGCUAGCAAAGUGAACCCCGCCGGCAAGGUACCCGUUGUGACAUACGGGGGACCCGAUGUCGACCCCGAUGAUCCUUCGCCGCUGUCUGCUAAAAUCGCAGAAUCGAAUGUUAUCCUUGAGUUCGUAGUGGACCUCUAUCCAGACUCUGGCCUCCUGCCAAAGGAUCCUGUUCUGCGCGCCAAUGUCCGUUUCUUCAUCGACGCAACUACUAAACACAUCGAGGUUCCGUUUUACGCCUUCCUCCAAGGACUCGAGUCAUACGAAAAUGUCCUGAAGGGGAUUGAAUUUAUUCAAGGACUUCUCAAAGAGGGUGGAUAUUUCGCGGUUGGAGACCAUUACACCAUUGCAGAUGCGUGCAUCACCCCGCACCUCGCAAGACUCAGGAUCGUCACCAAAACCGACCUAGGGAAUUUCCCUGUCGGUGUGGGAUAUAAGCUAGACGAUGAGUUAAAGCGACCCAAGUUCUCCAAAUUCAUGAAAUACGUUGAGAGAAUGCUGGAGCGUCCGAGCUUCAAGCAAACCUAUGAUGAGGAGUCUGUGAUCACAUUCUUCAAGAGGAUUUUCACUAAGCGCAUGCAAGCUUCCUAG